CUGACUUAGAACCUCUCUUCAGCCUGAUUCAGGGAAUCUGAGGACACAGAGUCCCAGUGCACUGUCUCUGAGACGCCCCCACCAUGUCCCCCACGGUGCAAAGAAUUUUCCCUGCACUGUUCUUCCUUGGGCUUCUGUUUCUACUGCAGUGCCCGUCCAUUUUGUGCGACUGUGAUUUCCCUCCUGAGGUUGCCCACGGAUAUUACGAAGAAACGAAAAGAUUGCGGGUAUUCAUACAAAAUGAAGUGAUAUAUAGAUGUGACAAAGGAUACACUCUGGUUGGAGAGGCCAAACUCUCCUGCAGUUCUUCACACUGGACCCCCGAAGCCCCUCAGUGUAAAGCGCUGUGUCCAAAACCAGAAAUAGCCCAUGCAAAGCUGUCUGUGGUUAAGUAUCAAUAUCUUCAAUCUUCAAAUGUUACCAUCCAGUGUGACUCUGGCUAUGAAUUGGUUGGUCCCCAAAGUGUCACAUGCUCAGAGAGCAGAACCUGGUACCCUGAGUUGCCCAAGUGUGAGUGGGUGAUCUCCGAAGACUGUGAACAUGUCCGCAAAGGCAGAAAGAUCAUUCAGUGUCUCCUUGACCCAGUGGAUGUGAAAAUGUCCAUGGAGCUGUAUAAGUUGUCUUUGGAGAUCGAACUACUGGAACUACGGAGAGACAAGGAAAAGAAAUAUACUAUGGAGACAACACUGUAAUUUCCCCUAAAAGAGAGAGAAAAAUGUGCCACCUUCAAUACAAUACAGAUCACUUCAGGUCAUCA